AUGGCCACGAUACGCUUAGCCGCAGCAAUGCGUUUGAGUAGUGCAAACGGUUCCGAGGCGGCCGUACAUCAGUGCAGGACGAUCCCGGCCGGGGCUGCUCAGAGCCCAGUGUCAGAGUUCCUGAGAACAUUCAAACUUGUGGAGCGCCUGAUCCGCAAGGACCAACGGAUAACAUGUCUCGAACUAGGUCGAAAGACAGACCUUUCUGUAGGAACGAUGAACACUAUCACUCAUGAACACAGCCAGUUUCGGAAAGUUAGUGCCCGUUGGGUCCUGCGGCAGCUCUCCGUGUUUGACCGGCAGAGAAGACUGGAAAUCUCCGAAGAGCUAAGGUACUGUUUCGACACUAAAGGACAGACGUUCCUUGAUCGGAUCAUCACUUGCGAUGAAACGUGGGUGCACGAUUUCACUUCUGAUUCUAAACGCUCAUCAAAACAGUGGAAGCAUACGGGCUCGCCAGCUCCCAAGAAGUUCCAAAGCACCCCGUCUGCGGGUAAGGUCAUGGCCAGGGUUUUCUGGGACAAGGCUGGCGUUGUUCAUGUUGAUUUUCUGCACAGUGGUACCGCCAUCAAUAAUGCAUAUUACUGCCAGGUUCUCAGGGAUGUGCAUAAGGCGCUGAAGCAAAAGCGGCCGGGCCUCAUUACCAAAGGAGUCCUCCUCCUACAGGACACUGCACGCACGCAUACCGCGCCUCUCACGACAUGCACCUUACAGGAACUUGGCUGGGAGUUGCUGCCACGUCCCCCUUACAGUUAA